AUGCCCCCUAUUACCAGAGCGCAGGCGAAGCACAAAUUCCCUGAUUUCUUGCCCGAGGCUUCCCGUACAGGUGCGACAUAUCAGGAUCUAUCAGAUCCCGUCACUCGGCUCUUCCAACCUAUUUUCGAGCAAUGGGAUUACCGGUAUUAUCUAACGCUUCGACGAUCUUGCCCGGUGGAAAGACCGCAGACUGAAUGGCUUAUGCUAGUCCAAGUAUCUCUGAUUAAUCUCUCCCAGACACUGGGGGCCGCAUUCGAUGAGGGUGUAUUCCAGACUCAGUAUGUUGGCCCAAUAGAGUACUAUAAAUUUAUGGCCGUGUAUUUUCCAGAGGACCUGGCAGGCACGCAUAUUAAGGAGCUGAACCGUACAAACCCAUUUAAUCUAGGAAAUCUGAUUGGCUCCGACCACGGGUGGCUUGAUCAACCCGUGUUCUAUCAAGGUCAACACACCCUGUAUCUAAUUUAUUUCUUGCGGUGGGAGAAUAGUGAUCGUGAGCAUGAGUACAAGAACUUUUGUGUCACAAUUAAUGGAAAGAUUAUAGAUUACUGGAAGGAGUUUAUGACCCCAUUGAGAUAA